GUUUGAAUUAACUAUCGAUUGUCAAUGUUUACUAGGUUUUGUUGUUAAAGUUUAAAAUGCAUUUUGGUGGAAGAUUACAUUUCUUCUUAACAAAAUGGGUGUGUUGUUCUUUGAUAAACUUAACAGUAGCUUGCAGAUUGAUUGCAUUUGCUGGAAUCACGAUAUCACUUUGGCUAACCAUAGCUUUCGCCAGCGACAAAUUUUGGACAAAAGACGCCAAUUUUGAUGUUAGUAGAAAAACAGCUUUGGCUCUAGGUUUAGAUUGGCAACAUUUGCAUAAAAAUACUAGUUUAAAAUUGCAAGAUGAUCCUGAUGGAAAGAUGAUAGCAAUCGUCGUAGCGUUUUAUUCAUUUCUUGUACUAGGAAUAAAUUUACUUCUUUUUGUUGCCACGAUAAGGUAUGAUUGGUGUUUUUCAUUGCCAUGGUUAAUUGUGGAAAUGCUGAGUUGCGUUUCAAAAUUUGGGGCACUGAUUUUUCAUUGGAAUUGCGAUUUUCAGGAUCUCCAGUGGGGCUUCUUCGUCGGGUCUAUUAUAUACAUAGUUUUAUAUACUUGGUGGUGGUUGGUAGUAUUCUCUGCCCAACAUACCUGGAGAAACCAACAACAAUUUGAUUUGGAAGGAUUCGAUAGGGAGAUGCUGACUCUACAAAGUUCAACAAGAGUCGAAGAAGGUUUUCUAACUCCACCAAAAAUGCAUGUCUAUAGAGGAUCUUGCACGGAUAUUUCAGCUAUGUGCAAAGCGCAAGGACAGACGCAAAUUUAAAAUAUUUAUGUAAUACAAAACUUCUUAGAUUUACAGUGUAUUUAGUUUUAGAAAUGUUUAUGUCACAAACUUGUAAAGGUAAGUAAUGAAUUUGUCAAAUAAGAAGGUACUUUUUACGAACAUAACUAAUGAUUUUUAAUCGACGAUAUAAAAUAAUGUCGUGUAUUUAAAUAUUUUAUUAGGGA